AUGGCUGUCCAACCUACUAUUCAUGGUUACUCGACGACGAUCGACGUGUGCAGUGUGAUCGAAAGCGUGACAAAAGUCUACAUCAUUGAGCCAAUUUAUAUCAACACAUAUGUUCAACAUAACACCACAUUUGCCGUUAACGACUAUCUCACCAUCACAGUAGAGGAUGCGCCGACAAGUUUUGAUGGGGUUGUGAAAGGUACAACAACAACGCAGAUGACUUCGUCGUAUAUGGUGUAUGGCGCUUCUUCUUUGGAGUGGACAAAGCUGACAGGAUGCAGCAAUCCUGCUUCAUUUGAAGCUGUCGAUAGCUACUCGUUCGUGCUUUCUGUUUUUGUCCCCAAAGCAGACAACAUUCAACGACGGCAAUCCGGUAGCAACGGUUUCAUUACCAAUCAGGGUAGUUUCAACAAUAGCUGUGCCGAUGCGGUUGUAUAUACACUGGUCAACGGCCAACUUUUUGCAAACACCACAAGUGGUGCAACGCAGUUCGGCGCAGAUUCUGGCGUCCCAUAUUCAAAUUUUACACCAAGCGCAAGUCCUGGCAGCAUCACCACCACCUUUGCCGUUGACUCUCAAAACAACUUGAUUUGGAACAACGUUGCUUUUUACAACAACUACGUACAAUGGUGUGUUCGCUCCGAUAACAUGAUACUUGCAGUCUUCGUUUCCUCAGACCAGGCCCCUUCUGAUUGUCUAUUUGUUCAGCUGAGCAUGGUUCGUCUAUCGACAUGUGCACAGCCAAUAAGAGGUCCUACGGGUCCGACUGGCCCAACAGGUCCUCAAGGGGAAACCGGCAGCGUUGGACCAUCAGGGCCGUCCGGGCCCAGUGGCCUUAGCGGAGCAAGUGGACAGGUUGGAGCAACAGGAGCAACCGGCCCCUCAGGACCGGCAGGACCGGCAGGCCCUUCGGGUCCCUCGGGCCCUAGCGGUGCAAGUGGUUUCAGUGGCCAGGUCGGCGCUACUGGCCUUCCAGGCCCAGCUGGAGCUAGUGGGGCCAGCGGUCUUAGCGGUCAGAUUGGCGCAACCGGCCCAGUAGGACCGUCAGGGCCCUCAGGACCCAGUGGCCUUAGCGGAGCAAGUGGGCAGGUGGGAGCAACAGGAGCAACAGGCCCCGUAGGACCUUCAGGGCCGUCAGGACCAUCCGGGCCUACUGGCGUGAGCGGAUUGAGUGGACUCUCCGGUCAAGUUGGCGCAAUUGGGCCUACCGGCCUGACAGGUCCUUCCGGCCCAUCAGGGCCCGAGGGACCCAUCGGGCCCACUGGCGCCAGUGGCUUAUCAGGAGUAUCUGGAUUAAGUGGCCAGCCAGGCCCUACAGGCCCGCGUGGGCCAAGCGGUCCAUCAGGGCCCUCGGGGCCUUCGGGACAAACCGGACCGACGGGUGCUACAGGCAUAGCAUUUGCAUAUCUUGGAUGCUUUGCACAAUCGUGCAACGGGCCACCACCAUGUCAGCUCCUUGCAUCCUAUGCAUUGGACAGCUCCGUAACCGGCAACGCCGGCGGCUACCUAACGACCUACACAGGCAGCAGCAGCGCAAACAUCGACGCCCAAUGCUCCGCAGCCUGCAUCCUCCGCGCUGGCGCCAACUACUUCGGCACCGUCAACAGCGGCACAACGCAGGGGGAUUGCUAUUGCGGGAACGUGGUGAGUGCGGCGUCGGCGCUGUUGACAAAUUGCGUCAACUGUAAUGGACAGAGCAUUGGGCAGUGUGGGAGACCGGCUAACUCGAUCGCCAUCUAUGCGAGGAGCUUUUAG